CGACCACCAAGAUCCGAGGGGAAAAAAAGAAAGGUGCCACGUGGCACGGGCAGAAGCGGGGGGCGGGAGGUAACAACAAGUACAUGACGAGGACCAAGGCGAGGAGGUAGACGAGGAGGAGGAGGAGGAGGAGGAGGAGGAGGAGGACGAAGACGUGGAGGAGGACGAAGACGUGGAGGAGGACGAAGACGAAGAAGACGUGGAGGAGGAGUGGGAGGACGAAGACGUUGAGGAGACGGAUGAAGCCGAGGAGGAGAGGGGGAGGGGGGCGAAGAGGAGGAGGAGGGAGGAUGAAGACGAAGCUUAUGACAUUGACGGGGAGCACGAGGAGAACGACAACCGAGAUCCAGAAAAGAAAAAAAAAGGCGCGCCUCAUGGCAAGGGCAGAACCAAGGGGCGGGAGGAUAUACCAAGUACACGACAAGGACAAAGAAGACGAGGAGGAUAAGGAGAAAGAAGACGAAGAGGAGGACAAGGACGAAGUAGACCUGGAGGACGAUCGGGAGGAGAAGGAAGACGUUGAGGAGGAUGAGGAGAAACAUGUGGAGGAGCAGGAGGAGGACAAAGACGUGGAAGAGGAGGGGGAGGACGAGGAGGACGACGAAAAAGACGUGGAGGAGGAGCGGGAGGAAGACGAAGCCGUGGAGGAGGAGGCAGAUGGAGGAGCAGAAAGCAAGAAGACGACCAUGAAGAGGAAACGAGGUGGAAACAACGAGGACACGACGAGGAGGAAGCGAUGACAACGAGGAGGAAACAACAACAACGAGGAGGAAACGACAAUGACGACGAGACAACGAUGACUAGGACGACGGUGUAUGGUGUACGAGGAAGACCAUGACGACGAAAUGAUGAGAGAGAGAGAGAGACUGAUCUGCUUGCGCUGCCCUGUGCUGUGCUAUGCUCCUCACGCUGCGCUUGCUGCGGCCACUGCUAGCCGUGUUGUGCCUGCUCCACGUCUGCUCCUUGCCUAUUGUGCUCGCCUCCUUGCCCUGCUUCUUCCUCCCUCGGGCGAUGGCGGCAGUACCGGGCGUGCAUACGAUUGAAUGUCGUACCGGGAUGGGGGCAGCCAAAGUCACCAAUGAAGGACUUCAAAAUCG